AUGGGCAACUUCCACGAGAGCUCCAACAACAUCUGGCUUGAGGAUGGCCACAUCCUCCACGCCGAGUGCGGCAACGGCGAGGGCGACUAUGUCGAGUCUACUCUUGACCUUGACUACUAUAUCGGUAACGACGAUGGCUCCUUCUCGUGGGGUGGUGAGAACUUCUCUGGCUCUGCUUCCAACAUCACCCUCGACAUCGAAGGCGACGAUAACAUUCCCGUCCUCCGCGCCGAGUUGAACCCCAUGGAUGGUGAUCCCGUCGAGGCCAACGUCAACCUUUCCGAGCGCAUCGGCAACGACUGUGGCACUCUUAUCUUCCUCGCUUAA